AUGUCGACUAGUAUCAACAACACUAACAAGAAGAAGGUGCUUGACUCUCGUGUUCCGGCCCUUAUUAGGAAUGGCGUCGACACAAGACAAAGGUCAUUCAUCAUUAUGGUUGGUGAUAAAUCUAGAAAUCAGAUUCCCAAUCUUCAUUAUCUGAUGAUGAAUGCGAAUUUGAAAAUGAACAAGUCCAUUCUAUGGGCGUACAAGAAGAAAUUAUUAGGUUUUACAUCUAACAGGCUUAAUAGAGAGAAGAAAUUAAAGAAGGAUAUCAAGCGUGGUGUUAGAGAAGCCAAUGAUUUGGAUCCUUUUGAGGCGUUUCUUUCAAACAAUCAAAUUAGAUAUGUAUACUACAAGGAGACUGAAAAGAUUCUAGGUAAUACUUAUGGUAUGGUUGUUUUACAAGAUUUCGAAGGUUUAACUCCAAACUUAAUGGCCCGUACUAUUGAGACUGUUGAAGGAGGUGGUUUAGUUGUCAUGUUACUUAAAUCGAUGAAAUCCUUGAAGCAAUUAUACACAAUGACAAUGGAUGUUCAUAGUAGAUAUAGAACCGAAGCUCAUAAUGACGUUGUUUCUCGAUUCAAUGAACGUUUCUUACUAUCCCUCUCUGAUUGUGCCAACUGUUUAGUGGUCGAUGAUCAGCUAAAUGUUUUACCUAUCUCUGGUGCAAGGCACGUGAAGCGUUUACCUCCCAAGGACGAAGAUGAGAUUUCUCCUAAAGAGCAGGAACUGAAAGAGUUGAAGGAGAGUUUAGCAGAUACCCAACCUGCGGGCUCGCUUGUUUCGUUGGCUAAAACUGUCAAUCAAGCGGAGGCAAUCUUACGUUUUAUUGACGCUAUUGCUGAGAAAACUUUGAAUUCAACCGUUGCUCUGACCGCUGGUAGAGGUAGAGGUAAAUCUGCCUCCUUGGGUAUUGCUAUUGCAGCAGCUAUUGCCCAAGACUAUUCUAAUAUUUUUGUAACGUCACCAUCUCCAGAAAAUUUAAAGACAUUAUUUGAGUUUAUUUUCAAGGGUUUCGAUGCUAUUGGCUAUGUUGAACAUCAAGAUUAUGAUAUUAUUCAAUCAACCAAUCCUGCAUUCAACAAAGCUAUUGUUAGAGUUGAUGUUAAACGUGCGGGUCAUAGACAAACUAUCCAAUACAUUUCACCAACUGAUAACCAUGUCUUAGGUCAAGCAGAACUUUUGAUCAUUGACGAAGCAGCUGCUAUUCCUUUACCAUUAGUAAAGAAAUUGUUAGGUCCUUAUUUGAUAUUUAUGUGUUCUACGAUCAAUGGUUAUGAAGGUACAGGCCGUUCUCUUUCUCUAAAGUUGAUUCAACAAUUAAGAGACCAAUCCAAGAAUAUUAUUAAGGACAAUUCUCAAACACAAGUUGUUUCACGUGAUGACACUUCUGGAACAAAGGAAAUCGACAAUAUCUCGAUUUCAAAUCGUUCUUUGAUCGAGGUAGCAUUGGAUGAACCUAUUAGAUAUGCGCCAGGUGACCCUGUCGAGUCAUGGUUGAACAAGUUAUUAUGUCUUGAUGCCAAACUUCCAAAACAGACAAAAUAUGCCACCAGAGGUUGUCCACAUCCAUCGGAAUGUUCUUUAUUCUAUAUCAACCGUGAUACUUUAUUUUCUUAUGACCCAGUUUCAGAAUCUUUCCUUCAAAGAAUGAUGGCCUUAUUUGUUUCUUCUCACUAUAAGAAUUCUCCAAAUGAUUUACAAUUAAUGUCAGAUGCACCAGCACAUCAGUUGUAUGCCUUGUUUGGUCCCGAUGUUGGCAAGGACGCUUCCAUUCCAACCCCAUUGUGUGUGGUUCAAGUCGCUUUGGAAGGUGAGAUCUCCAAAGACAGUAUUCGUAGUAGUCUAAGCCGUGGUAUCAGAGCAGGUGGUGAUUUGAUCCCAUGGUUAAUUUCUCAACAAUUCCAAGAUGAAGAUUUUGCAAGUCUUUCUGGUGCUAGAAUUGUUCGUAUUGCAACCCAUCCUGAUUAUACGAAAAUGGGGUACGGUUCUAGGGCUCUUGAACUAUUAACAGAUUACUUUGAAGGUAAGUUUGCAUCGCUAGAUGAAGAUAACAAAACCUUAUCAGAUGACAAGUUUUCCAUUAAGCGUUUAACCGAUUCAGAAUUGGAAAAUGCAUCUGUCUCAUUAAAAGAUGAAAUUAAGCCUCGUAAGGAGGACGCAUUGCCACCAUUGUUUGUUAAUUUAGCACAUCAAAGACCUUACUACUUGCAUUAUUUAGGUGUUUCUUAUGGUUUAACUCAGCAACUUCAUAAAUUUUGGAAAAAGAGCGGUUACAGCCCGGUGUAUUUAAGACAGACUACAAAUGACUUAACCGGGGAACACACGUGUGUGAUGUUGAAAACUCUAGAAGGCCGUGAUGACAAAUGGUUACAUGCUUUCACCAAAGAUUUCCAUAAAAGAUUUAUCAAUUUACUGAGCUACAGUUUCUCAAAAUUCCCAUCUGUUCAGGCACUAAGUGUACUUGAGGCAUCGAGAGUUGAAGGUCAUAAAAAUGCUGCGACAUUUGAUAAGAAUGAACUCGAUAAAAUGUUAACACCAUUUGAUUUGAAGCGUCUUGAGUCUUACGCAAAUAACCUUAUUGAUUAUCACGUUAUUCUUGACUUAUUACCAUACAUAGCUUAUCAGUAUUUCAGUGAUAUAAUCCGUGAUGAAGUUUCUCUUUCUCAUGUUCAAAGUGCUAUUUUAUUAGCGAUUGGAUUGCAACAUAAAGAAUUGGACGAUAUUUCAAAGGAAUUAAACAUAGAAACAAACCAAUCUCUUGCUAUGUUCUCUAAAAUUGUUCGUAAGGUUUCACAAUACUUCCGUUCUUUGGUGAAGGAAUCAAUUGUUGAAGAGUUACCGGAAAUUGAUGAUGAUGAGAUGAAGGAGUUGAAUGGUGAGGAAAUUCCAACUGUCAAUGACGUUGAGGAAAUGGAAAGGGAGCUUGAAGCAGACCUUGCAGCUGCAGGUAACGAAGCGUUAGAAGAAAUCAGGGAACGUAAGGAAAAGCAAAAGGAACUGAUUAAUAACCUAAACUUGGAUAAAUAUAAAAUCACAGAUGUCUCUGACUGGUCCUCGGAUAAAAAGUCAAUUGACCGUGCAAUCAAAAAUAAGGGCACAGUAAGUCUUAAGAAAGGAUCAAAGAGAAAGCCUGCCGAAAGUGCAGAAGAUGUUUAUAAGAGUGAAAUGAAAGCCCUUGCAAAGGAUAAGAGCAAAUCUACUAGAGGUAAAAAGUCUAGAAAGUAA